AGAGAAGAACCAUUACACAUAAGAUUAUUGAGACAAAAAGUUUUACAUUAAAUUCUUGAAGAGGAUAGAGAGAGAGAGAGUAGCAAUGGUGAGAGUUGGAGAUGAAGUGAGCAACAAACAGGUGAUAUUCAGAGACUAUGUCAUUGGUUCUCCUAAAGAAUCAGACAUGUACCUGACCACUGGAACCAUUAAGUUAAAGGUUCCGGAAGGUUCAAAUGCAGUUUUGGUGAAGAACCUCUAUUUGUCCUGCGAUCCUCUCAUGCAAUUCUUUAUGAGGAAAGCUGAAGGUCCCAACGGAUAUCUUUACUACACCCCUGGCUCCGCAAUUUUCGGGUACGGUGUAGCAAAAGUGUUGGAUUCCGAACAUCCAGAAUUUAAGGCAGGGGACUUGGUUUGGGGGAUCACAGGAUGGGAAGAGUACAGUCUAAUCACUAAAACAACUGAUACUCUCAUUAAAAUCCAGCAUACUGACGUACCUCUUUCUUAUUAUACUGGAAUUCUCGGUAUGCCUGGCAUGACCUCGUAUGCUGGUUUCUAUGAGGUUGGAACUCCUAAGAAAGGAGAAUAUGUAUUUGUUUCAGCAGCUUCUGGUGCAGUUGGUCAGCUUAUUGGACAAAUCGCAAAGUUGGAGGGUUGUUAUGUGGUUGGAAGUGCUGGUAGUAAAGAAAAGGUUGAUCUAUUGAAGAAUCAGCUUGGGUUCGAUGAAGCUUUUAAUUACAAAGAAGAGCAGGACUUGAAUGCAGCUUUGAAAAGGUAUUUCCCUGAAGGCAUUGAUGUUUACUUUGAGCAUGUUGGGGGCAAAAUGCUUGAUGCUGUGCUCCUGAACAUGAGACACCAUGGUCGCAUUGCUGUGUGCGGAAUGAUCUCACAAUACAAUCUUGAUGAGCCUGAAGGUAUCAAAAAUUUGUUGCAUAUUGGAUUCAAGUGGAUCCAAAUGAAAGGAUAUACACAUCGCAAUUAUUAUCACCUAUACCCCAAGUUCUUAGACCUUGUUCUGCCUUACAUUAGAGAAAAGAAGAUGGUGUAUGUGGAAGACAUAGUUGAAGGCCUUGAGAGUGGUCCAGCAGCCCUUGUUGGACUUUUUAGUGGUCGCAACUUUGGAAAACAAGUAGUUGUAGUUGCUCAUGAAUGAUUCAGUCAUACAUUGUAUGAAUGUAGUAUGUACUAUUGUGUCAGAUUACCAUUCUUAUGGAAGGCUUUUUUUGAGGCCAAGAGAUUAGGUUAGUUUAUUGGGUUGCGGCUGGUGCCUAUGGGCUAAAAGAAUAAUUAUGUAUCUUAUAUGUAUACGAUGAAAAUAAAGAGAAAUUACACUGUCCUUAAUAAAUGCUAUUAUAUGCACACGUGUGCAUGUAAUUUUACAA